GAUACGGACGCGAUGUGUUUACUGAUGUGUUUACAUGACUUCUUAAUCUUCGACAGACAUCGUUAUAAACCAUCUAACGUAACAAAGGUGGAGACAAGACCAUCAGGCAGGAAACACACAGAUGUCUCAUGGGUGCAGUGUAGCAGGCCUGAAUGUGCUAAAUGGAGACAGCUGAGAGAUGGUGUUGAUCCUUCAGAUUUGCCUGAUGACUGGACCUGCUCAAACAACACAGUUGUUCGGCUCCAAAAGAGAAGAACACCGUGGACAAAGAGGAGAUAUUUUUCUACAGUCAGGUUCCUAGAUCACUGGUUUGGGCUCAGCAAAGUGGCUAUUCAUGGAGUUUAG